CAUACGAACGCAACCAGGCAGCCGCCUGGCUCAUAUAUGGCAUGAGGAAAUAAACCUAUUUGCGUUCAUAAAUUAUCUUAGCUGUUACUCUUAACACGAUAGAAAUUUUUUUUUUGCUUUAUUAGCGAAAUCGAUUUUCGUGGUUUCCUAUCAGCUGAUAUUUGACGAAAUAUCUGUGAAUUAUGUACUUUUAUUUUUUAUUUUUAAACUAGGUUUGGUUAAUGGUGCUAGCAACAAGUGUAGCGAUACACAACAAAAGUGGAGUUGUUAGCUGAACUGAACGACUGGACUGGGACACAGUGUAAAGUAGAUAGAUUUUUUGCAAAUUAUGUGGAAUUAUAUGGACAAGAGCAAUACUAUCUGGUUGGUAGACUGAUUGUUUUGAAGAGGAAAUGCUGAUUUUCAGAAGUAUUUGUGUGUUUAUUGUGUAGUUUACUAAAACAUGUAGCAGCAGUAGUAGUAAUAGUAAUAGGGCUCCAGGUACCUUUGUGUCAUUAGGAGACCCUUUAAAUAUCUCCUGUAAGUCAUGUAGUUUUAUAAAGUAUUAGAAUAAAUAUUCCACUAACAUGUUAUCCUGCUUACUAAGAGCUCUAUAAAACAACAACAACAACAACAAACCCCAAAGCUGACAGUCAGCAAAGAAGUCAGAAAAGAUGCUGUUUUUCCUCCCAUGCUAUUCAGACUAGAUUCAUUUGUGUAUGAUCUAAAAGUGCUUUAUUUAAUUAGCCAGUGAGAGUGGAGGCUUGGUGGUUCCCUUCGAAAAAUGGCAAGCGUGCUCGGAUUAAAAAUAAGCCUCAGUUCACUGAGGAGGAAACAACCCAAGACCUUCAGCGUCAGGAUUGUGAUGAUGGAUGCAGACCUGGAGUUCAGCUGUGAGGUGAAGUGGAAAGGGAAGGACCUGUUCGAGCUGGUAUGCAGGACAUUAGGACUCCGGGAGACGUGGUUCUUCGGCCUGCAGUACAACGUCAAAGACACGGUGGCGUGGCUGAAAAUGGAUAAGAAGGUUUUAGAUCAGGACGUUCCUAAACAGGAGCCCAUCGUGUUGAACUUCCUGGCGAAGUUUUACCCUGAAAACGCAGAGGAGGAGCUUGUCCAGGACAUCACACAACACCUCUUCUUCCUGCAGGUGAAGCAGAAGAUUCUGGAAGAGGAGGUGUACUGUCCUCCGGAAGCCUCAGUGCUGCUUGCGUCAUACGCCAUCCAAGCAAAGUACGGAGAUUACGACCCCAAUGUCCACAAACCAGGCUUCCUGGCCCAAGAAGAGCUUCUACCAAAGAGGGUGAUUAAUCUCUACCAGAUGACCGCUGAAAUGUGGGAGGAGAGAAUUACACUCUGCUACGCUGAGCACCGAGGCAGGACCAGAGAGGACGCCGAGAUGGAGUAUUUAAAGAUAGCUCAGGAUUUGGAGAUGUACGGGAUCAGUUACUUUUUUAUCCGGAACAAAAAGGGGACGGAUCUGCUGCUCGGCGUGGAUGCUUUGGGACUGCACAUUUAUGAACCGGAGAACAAACUGACGCCGAAAAUCUCUUUCCCUUGGAACGAAAUCCGCAACAUCUCCUACAGUGACAAAGAGUUCGCCAUUAAGCCUCUGGAUAAGAAAGCGGACGUGUUCAAAUUCAACUCCUCCAGACUGCGGGUGAAUAAGUUGAUCCUGCAGCUGUGCAUCGGGAACCACGACCUGUUCAUGAGGAGACGCAGAGUGGAUUCACUGGAGGUGCAGCAGAUGAAGUCCCAGGCCAGAGAGGAGAAAGCUCGCAAACAGAUGGACCGGCAGAGGCUGGAGAGAGAGAAACACCUGCGUGAGGAAGCCGAGCGAGCACGUGAUCAGCUGGAGAGACGACUCCUGCAUCUACAGGACGAAGCUUUUAUGGCCAACGAAGCUCUGCUGCGUUCAGAGGAGACGGCCGAUCUGUUAGCAGAGAAGGCUCAGAUCGCCGAGGAAGAGGCCAAACUGCUGGCUCAGAAGGCAGCCGAGGCAGAGCAGGAGAUCCAGCGGAUUAAAAUGACGGCGAUCCGCAGCGAGGAGGAGAAGAGACUGAUCGAGCAGAAGAUGCUGGACGCCGAGAUGCUCGCCCUCAAAAUGGCUGAAGAAUCUGAGAGGAGAGCCAAGGAAGCCGAUCAGCUGAAGCAGGACCUGCAGGAGGCCAGAGAGUCUGAGCGCAGAGCCAAACAUAAGCUGCUGGAGAUCACUAGCAAAUCGCCUUACAUGGCUGCGUCGCUCUCUCCGAACGCCCUCCCUCCCGAUCUCAGCUUCAGCACGGAGAACCUGAGCUAUGACUUCAAAGACACCGAUAUGAAACGCCUGUCUAUGGAGAUCGAGAAGGAAAAGGUGGAGUACAUGGAGAAGAGCAAGCACCUCCAGGAGCAGCUGAACGAGCUGAAGACCGAGAUCGAGUCCUUGAAGCUGAAGGAGCGAGAGACUCAUCUGGACAUCCUCCAUAACGAGAACACGGAGAGAGGCACCAGCAAGCAGAGCAACUUCAAAAAGCUGACACUACAG